AUGAACUUAAAAAUAGCAAGACAGGUGAUAAAUGGAAAGAAGUUUAAAGGCUCACUCCAGCAGAGGAUUAAUUACAUUGCAACAGAAUCUCUUAUAAAAAAUUCAUAUCUAACAAAAGAGUAUUAUGACAAGAGUAAAAAAAAAAAAAUUGAUAUCUUUGAUUUUGUGCCUCCUGAAAAUUUUUUAUCUUUCUAUUUUGAAAAAUUGGAUAAAUGUUAUUCGAAUCCUCGAUCUAUUUUGCGAUUGUAUAAAGAAUACAUUGAGAAGGAGGAUUACCCAAAUUACAAUUGGCUAGUUCGAUGCUUUUGUCAGCUUGGGAAUGUGUUCGGAUUUAAUUCCUUCUGGAGUAUAAAAGACAAGGAAGGAAUUCAUGAAUUGAAGUUAUUUAAAUAUUUGGUGUUUGAUUUGAUCGAAAGAAAGGAGAAAAUAAAAGCUAGACAUUGUCCACGAUUAUUGUAUGCACUAUGUUGUUUAGAUUAUCGAUGUUAUUUUCUACUUCCAACAAUUUUAGAAAUAGUGGAAAUGAAUUUAGAUAAGUUUCGAAUUCCCACAUUAUGCAUGAUAAGUUUUUCUUUAUCAUACUUAGGUUUAACAGAUCAAGAUGUACAAUUUGGUUCAGAAAAUAAUCUUUCCAGAAGUUACAAUUUAAUAAAAAAAAUACUUAACUGUAUAUAUGAAAACAAAGAUGAAGCAAAAAAGGAUAUGACCAAUUUCUGUUGGUCUUUAUUAUCAUAUGUUAUUGUUAUGAACAAUAUGUAUGAAUUUCCUUCGAAAGAGAAAAAUGGAAUUUCUAGCUUUUUACCUGAAAUCUUAAAAAAUGCUUGUGAAGGGUUAACCAAAGAAAAUAUAGGAGAAAGUGGAUGGGUUCAAUAUUAUUUGUACAUAACAUUAUAUUGCUGCGAUGUUGAAAAACCAUGUAAUGAAUUGAUGAUAAAAGAAAGUAUCCCAUUACAUAUUCAAGAAUAUUUACAUUUAAAAUGGCUAGAUAAUAUAUUAAUAACUGCUCAAAAUCAAGGAUCUGAAAAAAUGCAACUCGAAAUGGAGAAUAUCAUACAGAAAUUACAAUUAAAAAACUUUUUUAUUAACCUAUCAGUUGGUAGGAAAAUAGAUGAACAACAUUGUUUUUUUACAUCCCAUUUUUAUAAACCUUUAAACUUAUGUAUUGAAUAUGAUUAUUUUCAUCCAAUUGGUUUUAACAGACCAUUGGUAAAUGGAACCAUAUCUUUAAAAAAUCGAAUUUUUAAAAAGUUAAAUUUUAAUGUUGUUAAUAUUCAUAAAUGUUUUUGGGAUGUACUAACAGAUGAACAAAAGGAAUCCCAACUUAUUCGCAUUUUAGAACAUUUUCAAACACAACACGACAAGAAAAACCGAGAACAGGAGCUUUAUCAAGAGAAAUACAUCGAUUCUGAUAUUCUUCACUUGAAGCAUAAGAGAGUCAAAUUUCGUACUUGGCCACCCGAACAUGUAACGGUGUAG